AGCGAGCGCAGGGAAGAGUCCACGUCCGUCAGCCCGUCGGUCCGCCGGUCCGCGGGUUAGUCAGCGCGCUCCCCCUCCCCCCCGCACUCCCCCGGCCCCGGCGCGUCCGGGCCCUCGUCGCCAUCCCGCCGUCUCCUCGGGCCCGCUGCGGGGGCCGCCUGAGGCGCUCGCCAUGGCGACGUUCAUCUCGGUCCAGCUGAAGAAGACGUCGGAGGUGGACCUGGCCAAGCCGCUGGUGAAGUUCAUCCAGCAGACCUACCCGAGCGGCGGGGAGGAGCAGGCCCAGUACUGCCGCGCGGCCGAGGAGCUCAGCAAGCUGCGCCGCGCCGCGCUCGGCCGGCCGCUCGACAAGCACGAGGGCGCGCUCGAGACGCUGCUGAGAUACUAUGAUCAGAUCUGUUCCAUUGAACCCAAAUUUCCAUUUUCUGAAAAUCAGAUCUGCCUGACGUUUACCUGGAAAGAUGCUUUUGACAAAGGUUCACUAUUUGGAGGAUCUGUGAAAUUGGCUCUUGCAAGCUUAGGGUAUGAAAAGAGCUGUGUGCUUUUCAAUUGUGCAGCUUUAGCCAGCCAGAUUGCAGCAGAACAGAACCUGGAUAAUGAUGAAGGAUUGAAAAUUGCUGCUAAACAUUAUCAGUUUGCUAGUGGUGCCUUUUUACAUAUUAAAGAGACGGUUCUAUCUGCCUUAAGUCGAGAGCCUACUGUGGACAUCUCUCCUGAUACUGUUGGGACCCUAAGUCUUAUAAUGCUGGCGCAGGCUCAAGAAGUAUUUUUUUUAAAAGCCACAAGAGAUAAAAUGAAAGAUGCCAUCAUAGCAAAAUUGGCUAACCAGGCUGCAGAUUAUUUUGGUGAUGCUUUCAAACAGUGUCAGUAUAAAGAUACCCUCCCCAAGUAUUUUUAUUUCCAGGAGGUGUUUCCUGUCUUGGCUGCAAAGCACUGUAUCAUGCAGGCCAAUGCUGAGUACCACCAGUCUAUUCUGGCAAAGCAGCAGAAGAAAUUUGGAGAAGAGAUUGCAAGGUUACAGCAUGCAGCAGAAUUAAUUAAAACAGUGGCCUCUCGCUAUGAUGAAUAUGUCAGUGUGAAGGACUUUUCUGACAAAAUCAACCGUGCUCUAACUGCAGCAAAGAAGGAUAAUGACUUCAUUUAUCAUGAUCGAGUGCCAGAUCUUAAAGAUCUAGAUCCUAUUGGCAAAGCCACACUUGUGAAGUCUACCCCAGUUAACGUACCUAUCAGUCAGAAAUUCACUGAUCUGUUUGAGAAAAUGGUUCCUGUGUCAGUGCAGCAGGCUUUGGCUGCCUAUAAUCAGAGGAAGGCUGAUUUAGUUAACAGAUCAAUUGCUCAAAUGAGAGAAGCUACCACUUUGGCAAAUGGGGUGUUAGCAUCCCUUAAUCUUCCAGCAGCUAUUGAAGAUGUAUCUGGAGAUACUGUACCUCAGUCUAUAUUAACAAAAUCCACAUCAGUAAUUGAACAGGGAGGCAUCCAGACUGUUGACCAGUUGAUUAAAGAACUACCUGAACUACUGCAAAGAAAUAGAGAAAUCCUAGAUGAGUCACUACGAUUUUUGGAUGAAGAAGAAGCCACUGACAAUGAUUUAAGAGCAAAGUUCAAGGAACGCUGGCAAAGAACACCAUCCAAUGAACUCUAUAAGCCUUUAAGAGCAGAGGGUAACAACUUCAGAACAGUUUUGGACAAAGCAGUGCAAGCAGAUGGACAAGUGAAAGAACGUUAUCAUUCUCAUCGUGACACCAUUGCACUUUUAUGUAGACCAGAGCCUGAACUGAAUGCUGCCAUCCCUUCUGCUAACCCAGCAAAGACCAUGCAGGGCAGUGAGGUUGUAAAUGUCUUAAAAUCUUUAUUGGCAAGUCUUGAUGAAGUAAAGAAGGAAAGAGAGGGUCUGGAGAAUGACCUGAAAUCAGUGAGCUUUGAUAUGACAAGCAAAUUUUUGACUGCAUUGGCUCAGGAUGGUGUGAUAAAUGAAGAAGCUCUUUCUGUUACUGAACUGGAUCGAAUCUAUGGAGGUCUUACUACUAAAGUUCAAGAAUCUUUAAAGAAACAAGAAGGACUUCUUAAAAAUAUACAGGUCUCACACCAGGAAUUUUCUAAAAUGAAACAAAGUAACAAUGAAGCUAACUUAAGAGAAGAAGUUUUGAAGAAUUUAGCUACUGCCUAUGACAACUUUGUUGAACUUGUAGCUAAUUUGAAAGAGGGCACAAAGUUUUACAAUGAGCUGACAGAAAUCCUAGUCAGAUUCCAGAAUAAAUGCAGUGAUAUAGUGUUUGCACGGAAAACAGAAAGAGAUGAACUGUUAAAAGACUUGCAGCAAAGCAUUGCAAGAGAACCUAGCGCUCCUUCAAUUCCUACACCUGCAUAUCAGUCUUCUCCAUCAGGGGGCCAUGCGCCAGCUCCUCCAACUCCAGCACCAAGAACCAUACCGCCUGCUAAACCCCAGCCCCCUGCCCGGCCUCCACCUCCAGUGCUUCCAGCAAAUCGAGCUCCUGCUACUGCUCCAGCUGCAGUGGGGGCUGCGACCACUCUGCCAGCUCCAUCGCAAACUCCUGGUUCAGCUCCUCCGCCACAGGCCCAGGGACCCCCCUAUCCCACCUAUCCAGGAUAUCCCGGGUAUUGCCAAAUGCCUAUGCCCAUGGGUUUUAAUCCUUAUGCAUACGGCCAGUAUAAUAUGCCAUAUCCACCAAUGUAUCAUCAGAGCCCCGGACAGGCUCCAUACCCAGGACCCCAGCAGCCUUCAUAUCCUUUUCCUCAGCCCCCACAGCAGUCUUACUAUCCACAGCAGUAAUAUGUCAGCUCAGAAGUUCAUCAGGUUCAGUUCAAAGGGAAAGAAAUACCAAGCCGGCAAUAAGUGUACUAAACUCUACUUUCUGGUUAAAUAAUGUACUCUGCUGUACUGGAUACAUUGUAUAAUUUCUGUCUGCGGUUAAAAGCUGAAGUCUGUUUCCCGGUUCUACAUUUGACUGCACAUGUGAGACUUACUGCUGUUGCAGUAUAAACUCUAGGUAUAUAGGAUUUGAAAUAAAUUGCAUUACAGUUCAUAAAAGUUGAAAACAAAUUAAACCCAUAAGUGAAAAAGUUGGAACACUUAUACUUAUGACUACAUAAGAUGUGAUUGGGACAUCAGAUACUUUUAAUGACGGUUUAAGUACUGAUACUCAAGAAAGCUAAGAUUUUUUUCUGUUUUGGUUUAUUAAUUUGGUUUAAUUUCUAUUAUGCAAUUUUGCUUAAAGCAUUGUAAAUCUUAUAAUUUAAAAAUAAAUUACUUAAGAACAGUUAUCAUUGUUAUGUUUUGUCAUUGAUUCUCAUUACUGUCUAAUUUCGUUCUGAUAUUAAUCUCAUUUUAUAUGUACAUAAGUUAAAUGGUUACUGUGUUUAAGUGCAUGUUUAGUGCAAGUUAAUAGUCAGGCUCAAGUAAAUUUUAUAGGAAAGCCAAAAGAAUGGUAACAUAAUUUAUCUUUCAUUGGCUGAUUAGUGAAUUAAUUUUGAACAUUUAUUUUGAAAAAUCCAGUAAUGUGGAAGAAACACAAUUGCUACCAAAGAGUCUUCAAAUAAAUCUACAAAUAAAUAUGUAUAUGUAAUGUUUUAUUAUUAGCGUCCUCAAGAAAUUAGUACAAAUUCUGGUAAUUUUUUUUCAUUAUCUGGUUGAAAUACAUGUCAUUGACAAUAUUGUCUCAUGUAAUAAUACUUAAAAAAAAACUGUACUCCAUUUCUUUUUUCCAUCUUACUGUCUUCGUAACAUUUAAUGCACAGUGUACAUGAGUAGAGCUAAGCCCUUUUGUAUUUAUGUUCCUAAAAAAUUGGAUUUAUAAUUCAGGGACCACACAAAAUAGUUAUUUGGAGCAUAUGCUGGUUCUGAAUUAGGUUGUGUAUUCGAUAUUAAUCUUUGUUGUUUAGAAUAACUAAUCAUUGUGUAAAUGAGUAAAAGUAAUGAGAACAUGUAUCAUGGAGUGAGAAAAUGGGAAUAUUACAGUGAGGUCUGUUCUGUGUGAGUUUUGUUUCUGAAACAUCAAACAUGAGCAGAUGACUAGUGAGUGUUUUCUAAAGUUAAUUCUUCUUUUACAUUAUUGUUUCUCUUAAAUAAUGCUGUUUCUUGGUUAACUGUUAGCUCAUUGACAGUUUGGGUUAGUAUUUUAAAUGUUGGACUGAAAGUGUGAUUGUAAAAAGGGAGUAGAUUGAUUUAAAAAUAUGUAUGAUUUUUAAAGAAAUCUUAGUUUGAUGUAUGUAGAAGACAUGAAAGGCAUGUUACUUUAAUAUAAAUGACCAUUUACAUGGAAAUUCACUUGAAGUCUAAUAAUCAAAAUCUUCACAAAAGGUUUUAUAGAGAAAGCUAAGUUGUUGAAUGUUGAAUCAUCAAAGUGUGAUAUGGGCUUGUUUGACUCUUAUGUACAUGAUAUUUAAGUUUUCCAUUCACAUUACACAUGAUACCAUAUACUAGCAUAAGAUACUCAGGCAUAUUCCAGAAUUGCUAGUUUAUAAUUCUUACCAACAAAGAAAAAAACAGACAAAAAAUUGGCCUGAAUAUUCUCUUGGGGAAAUAUGACACUAAAGAAAAGAGUACGUGCAUCUGAGGGCCACAAGAAAAGUGAUAAGGUCGUUUAGCCCUUUCCCCUGCUAAGCCAGGUCUGCUGUCAGAGCUACAGGAAGAUUGCUCAGAAGUGCCAGGAAGGAAGCCCAUGGUUUCUUCUGGCAGCCUCUUUCAGCAUGCCUGAUGUAAGCUCUAUUAGCAAAAUCUUUUUCAUGCAGCAGCCAAGACCCAUUACCUCUUGUUAGUUCACUUGUCCUUUAGCUAGAUGAUUAUGUACGCUUUCUUUUGGUCAGCUGUGUCCACAGAUGACCAUCUGCCUUCUAACUGUUGAUACAGAUAAACUUUUUCUGCUGGAUCUGUCUUUAUAGGCAUAUUUACUUUUAUUAAGGUGUCUCAUGUGGAAAAGUUUUUCAAGUCUAUUUUGCCUUCUAAAAGACAAGGACGCCUUUCUGGUAACAUUUUGUUAUCAAACACAAAUUCUUUGCUUCCUGUAUUCUACAAAAUAACCUAGAAAGUAAUGUAUAAUGCUGUUUAUUUAGAGGUAGUCUUCAGUUCAAGUUUGUUUUACCUAUGGUUAUGUUAGACUUUUGGUUAUAUUCCUAAAUUAAGGGAAAGGAAGCAUUCACAGACCAUUUAUACUGGGCUUUGGAAUGCUAUUUUAAAAUGAGUUCAACUUAACGUAAGGGAGUUCUGCAGAGAAUCUAUUCAGAAGUGAGGAAAAACCUAACUUAUUUUUUUUUCCUAAUUGGAGACAAAUUAUCUGGCUUUUGAAGCUGGGAAAGUAUUGGAUUACCAGGCCUUGGUCUUUAUCUCAGUUAAGAGAAAUUGGUAUUGCUGCAAAUCAGCCAAUCUUUGUGAGAUUCCUGUACCAAUACUUCCAACUUCUUUGCAGUUUGUAAUUUUCACCUCCGUAAGUCUAAGUAGGUACAGAGAAUAACAAGAUUUUACCUUAUGUCCCUGUUCUAUCCCAGUCAGCAGCCUUUUUAGUCCAAAUUAAAAAAAAAAGUAUUUCAUUAGAACUUUAUAGUUUGCAAAAGUGCUUUAUACACAUUUUCUAAUUUCAUAACAUGAAAAUGCAAUUGGAUUUCAGCUUGCUACUGACAAAACCCUUUUUUAAAAAUUACAUCUUGAAGAAUCUUGCAACAACUUAGUGAUAUCACAUUUUUAAAAACACUCCAGUAAUUAUUAGUUGAUUUACUGUAAAGAACACAAAAUAGGAACACAGAAUAGGAACAAAACUAAACACCCCAGAACUAUAGUGUUAUAAUUGCUAGUUUAAAAAUAGAUUUUAGAACUAAAUGAUUGAUUAUAAGAUUUACAUGGGAGAGCAAUGAAGGAAAAAUUAUAUUUUUAAAGAAAAAGAGAAUAUUCAGGCUUUAUUUCUGGUAUGAAGUUUAUAUUUUUUAAAAAUUCCUAUAUUAUCACACCAGAGAUUUUAGAUUCUUUUCUGGUUACAAACAUUGCUGGUAGUUGGAUUAUAUUUUUAUUGUAUUCAUUUCUCUUAGGGGGAAAAUUGUAAAGAAAAAGGUUCCAGAUGAAUGUAUCCUAGAAAUAAAAGUUGAAAGAUUCUUACUUA